UUUCCAAUUGUAUAUUCACUUCUCUUUCUCUCCUCUCCAAACCAAAAAAAUCUCCGUUUCCCCUUCCGAUUUUUCGAUGCUACAGAGCCCCACGCUCGCCUCCACAUCGCCGGCUCCCCUCCAGCAAUUCCGCAGCCGCAAUAUGUCCGUCCGAGCCGAGGCGGCGCAGCUGGCCGUGGCGGCGGCGCCGGACCGCCGCAGCCUCUACGAGGUCCUCCGCGUGAGGCGGAACGCGUCGCAGGUGGAGAUCAAGACGGCGUACCGCACGCUGGCGAAGCUGCACCACCCGGACGCGAGAGCGCGGUUCAUGGACUCCUCGAUCGCAACGUCCGCGGACGGCGGAGACUUCAUCGAGAUCCACAACGCCUACGCCACGCUCUCGGAUCCGAACGCCAGGGCGGAGUACGAUCUCAAUUUGACCGUCGAUUCGCGCGGGCGGUGGAAUCCCGGCGGCUACCGGAGCCCUGGCAGGGGGAGAUUUUACCAGACGCGUCGCUGGGAGACGGACCAGUGCUGGUGAUGCCGCGUCAAUCGCGAUCCAGGAACAUUGACAAGUCGUAUGUAUAUGCUUUUGCGAUCCUUUUGAUUUUUCCGAUUUUUAGAAGGGGAAAUUAUUAGAAUACGGUUUUUCUUUGCUUUUUUUUUCUUUUUGUUUGGAAUUCUGAAUGUAAUUCCCCGGUGUAGAAAAGUAUAAUAUUAAUGAAGACUGAUUAUUGAGAAA